AUGGAAAACCUAAUGUUUGACUCUGGAGGUUAUUUGAAGUUAAUCGACUUUGGAGCAUCAAAAGAAAUGAACUCGCAUCCGUUUGACCGGACAUGGACCAUAUGUGGUACGCUGGCCUAUUGUGCUCCCGAAAUGCUUAAUGGAAACGGAUACGAUUAUAUGGUGGAUUGGUGGGCUUUGGGUAUCAUGUGUUAUGCCUUGUCUUGUGGGGCUUAUCCAGUUGCACCAGGUCGCGAUCAUCGAGAUAUGAGGGAGAGUAUAAACAGGCACCGUUAUGUGGCUCCCGCUCACGUUUCAACCAAUCUGGAACAAAUCAUUUUGAAGGUAAAGAUGAUUAGUAUAUCGGAUUACAUAUACAAAACAACAUAUGAGGGCACUAUGGCUCAGUCCGUAAAAGACAUUCAUCAAGAUGGCUACAGUCAUUUGAGCCUCCUGUCAAACGUAUUCCAGGAGCAAGCCCAGUGGUGA